UUUAAAAAUAAUAAUUUUUAUUUAUUGAAAUUUAAUAAAAAGAAAACGAAAAAAAUUAAAAUCGUUAAUGUUUAAAAUCGUUUUGUUUAAAUUGUUUUGUUUGUAUUGUUUGUUUAAUUUGUUUUGCUUUGAAAUGUUUUGUUUGAUUGUUUGUUUUGUUAGGAUUGUUUGUUUGUUUAACUUCCGCAACAAACAAACAUUCUAAAAACAUAAACAUUUAUGAGAAAAACAUUAUAAAAAUGUUUCUUUUGUUUUAUCAAUGUUUCAGGUGAUGUUUGAGAUGUUGUUUGAAAUAAUUAUUCUAUUGUUUUAAUUUAUUCAUUUCUUCCGUUUAUUAUGCAAAAACAUAAGCAAACACUUAGAAAAAGAAAACGAAAAAAACAUUAAAAAUUAAGGAUGUAUUUUAUAAAUGAUGUUUGUGUGAAAAUAGUGUAUUUACAUAAUUUUUUAAUUUAAAAUGAGAAACUUCCGGAAAGAAAACACGGAAAGUGUUUUUAUUAAAUGUUGUUUUCCUGUCUGAGUUUUUGACAGCUAAUUUAAAUUAAAUUUGGUUUUAAAGGAUAAAAAGUUGUUUUUAAUUUAAAGUAAUCCUAUUUAAAAUUAAUUUUUUUUUAAAUUUAAUUUCGUUUUAAAGCUAUUCAACUGCUUCUUUUGCCUCUAUAUUUUUGUUUUGGUGUGUUUUUGUAUUCUUGUUUAUUUUAGGGUUUUCUAUUUUUAUUUUAUUAUUAUUUUUUGUUUAUAUUUUCAUUUUUAUAUUUUAUUUAUUUUCCCAUUAUUUAAAAUUAAUUUAAUAAUUUAUUUAAAGAAUUAAAAAACCUCCCACAAUAAUUAUUUAAUAUUUUUAUUCAAAUGUUUUAUUCUCCUUUUUCCCCAAACAUUCUUCACAACAAAUAAAAACAUCAAUAAAAACAUCAAUAAAAACAUCAAUAAAAACAUCAGUAAAAACAUGAAUAUAUUCAAAACAACAAUAAACGAACAACAACAACAAAAACAUUUAUUACCUCAACAACAACAACAACAACAACAUGUUUUACUUAAAAAUACCCCAAUGUUUUUACAAACAUUAAAUAAUUCUUUUACUGAAACAAAACAAUUAGAACAACAACAACAAUUUGUUUGUUCUCUAGGAGUUCAUGUUUCCAUAUGGCCUUCAUGCCUUCUUUUAAGCGAAGCAUUUAUUAAUGUUGCGUUUAUUUCCGUUGUUAUGUUGGUAAUUGUACUUGGUAAUUUAAUGGUAGUACUAACAGUCAAGUUUGACUCCAAACUGCGAGCUCAACGACAAAAUUGGCUUAUUGUUUCACUUGCCGUCGCCGAUUUUUUAGUUGGAUUAUUAGUUAUGCCGUUAACUUUGCUUUAUGAAAUUAUUGGGGUUUGGAUUUUAGGAGGUUUUCUUUGUGAAUUAUGGCUGGCUUUGGAUGUUCUUUUUGUUACUGCCUCAAUUCUCCAUAUCUGCAUUAUUUCACUUGAUCGGUAUUGGUCAGUAACACAACCCUUAACUUAUCCAAUUAAAAGAACACCAACUAGAAUAUGUGUAAUGAUAGGUGUGGCCUGGCUGGUUUCUUUUUUAAUAAGUUUUCCUCCACUUCUUGGAUGGCGUCCCCAAAGGAGCCCAGGAGAAUGUUCAGUAUCAUCAGAGUUAGACUACGUUCUUUACUCCUCCCUAGGCUCUUUUUAUAUUCCUAUAGCAGUUUUGGUUAUGGUCUAUUGGAGGAUUUAUGCAAUAACUAAAAGACAUAGCCAGCAAAGAUUAAAAGAUACCCAGAGAAUGGACGAAACGCUUUACUCAAUGACUGGGGGAUCGACAAAAAUAAAUGGAAAAUUGGAAGAAUUUAAAGAAAAAAAUAAUUUGGAAAAUUUAAAUAAUUUAUCUAUGGAAUCUGAUGUUAAUUCUGUUUGUGCUAAAACAAUUAAAGAAGAAGAGAAGGAUGAAGGGAAUAAACGACCAACAAACCGUUGUUCAACAUUAUUUUCACCUUUAUUUAAAAGAGGACAGGCAUGGACUGACACAGAAAUUCUGUCUGGAAUACAACGAAAACGAAGCAUAGAAAAACGAAAAAGAAGAUUAAAAGCAAAAGAAAGACAAGCAACUCUUUUACUUGGCCUUAUACUUUUUGCUUUUAUUAUUAGUUGGAUGCCAUUUUUUGUGAUCUAUGUAUUAAAUGCUCUCACUUUGGAUAUUCCUAUGCCUAUAUUUAAAUUUUUCUUUUGGCUUGGAUAUUGUAAUAGUGCCAUCAACCCAAUAAUUUAUACUUACUAUAAUCGAGAAUUUAAACGUGCACUUUUUCGACUUAUUCGAAGGCAUCAACACAGACUUAAUUUUUUAAAGAAUAUUUUAUAUCACAAAUAA